GUAAGGGCAAAUCCAUCUGUUGCCCCGCAGUCGUCCCCCUCUGCCUCGUUCUCCUCUCCUCUACUCUCCUCAGCCUAACCUCACCCCCACCCCCUUUCGAUAGUGUGCGACUGAGUUCAGCCCCUUCAGUUGGAGACUCGGGUUUAUCUGGUUUCAAAGUCCACGCAUUCGGGAGCUUUGCGCAGCAAGGUGAAGAACUGUCCAUCACAAGCCCGGGGAGCGCAAGCGAGAACCAAAAAAGAACGGGGUAGCCGUUUUGCCUGAAAAUCAGCUGAGAGGGGGACGUAAGCAAUGGCUGCGUUUUCAGCUCUUUGGCUACUCCUUCUUUGCCAGCUUUUGACAUCUCUAGCACAGAGACCCGGCCCUCGAGGACCACCUGGCCUGCCAGGAACCCCAGGACCCCCAGGGAAAGAUGGCACCGAUGGUAAACCUGGCCCAUCUGGACUUCCUGGGAAAUCUGGCCCUAAAGGAAAAGCAGGGGAGCCUGGGUCUGCAGGAAGUGCAGGGUUGCCUGGACUUCCGGGAGUGGAUGGUCUGACUGGUCCAGAUGGCCCAGCUGGAAAAGAUGGGCCACCAGGACAAAGAGGGGAUGCCGGACCACCUGGCCCAGCAGGACCUCCUGGCAGAGGGAGAACAGGAGCCCCAGGGCCACCCGGAGCCAAUGGGCUGCAGGGCGGAGUCGGGCCACUGGGCCCAGUGGGUGCUGAAGGAGCCCAAGGACUGCCUGGCCUCCCUGGCCCUGAUGGCCCCCCAGGUCUCCCGGGGGCCCUCCCUGAUGGCACUGGAGAAGUUCUGUGUCCAGCCAUCUGUCCACCAGGCCCAGCUGGAGCUACCGGCAUGCCAGGAUUCAAGGGUCACACAGGGCACAAAGGAGACAAGGGAGAGGCUGGGAAGGAUGGAGAAAAGGGUGACCCUGGCCCACCUGGGCCUCCCGGGAUUCCUGGCACUGUGGGCCUACAGGGCCCUCGCGGAUUGAGAGGACUCCAGGGCCCAAUGGGUGCAGUCGGAGACAGGGGUUUACCAGGUUUCCGUGGCAAACCUGGAAUCGCCGGUGUCAUUGGGAAAACAGGUGAUGCUGGAGAGAAAGGACCUGAAGGUUUCAAAGGGCCAAAGGGAGAAAUUGGCAAAAUCGGUCCCAAAGGUGUUCCUGGGGGCUCUGGUCCCAAAGGAGAGCCUGGUAUACCUGGCAGAGACGGGAAAGAUGGCACACAAGGGUUAGACGGGGAGAAGGGUGAUGCUGGCCGAUCUGGAGUUCCUGGUGAAAAAGGUCCCAACGGCCUUCCUGGUUUACAAGGAAAGGCUGGUGGAAAAGGAUCUAAAGGAGGGGUUGGUGAUCAAGGAAAGAUGGGAGAGGCAGGUCCAUCUGGAGAGCCAGGUAUUCCUGGUGAGAUUGGAAUUCCAGGAGAGCGGGGAGAGGCUGGACCUAGAGGAUUGGCAGGAGGUAUUGGACCAAUAGGAAACAUCGGGUCUCAGGGUGUCAAAGGCUUCCAGGGCUUGAAAGGUGCUCUUGGGGACCCCGGCCUUCCAGGCCCAACAGGAAUCCGUGGAGGAUUUGGUGACAGGGGUCCAGUCGGAGCAUCGGGACUCAAAGGGGACAUGGGUGUUGCAGGAAGUGAUGGCCUUCCAGGAGAGAACGGAGAGCUGGGCCCAUUUGGUCCUGUUGGACAAAAAGGGGAGUCCGGAAAGAGGGGUGAGGUAGGGCCGAAGGGAGUGGUUGGUCCCCAGGGAGAACUUGGGGCCAGAGGAGCCCCUGGGAAGCCUGGACUCAUGGGCUUCCAAGGAGAGCAGGGCAUGUCUGGCAUCGCUGGAAAAACUGGCGUUCCUGGUAAACUGGCAAGUGAACAGCACAUCAGAGAGCUGUGUGGAGGAAUGAUAGAUGAUCAGAUUGCCCAGCUGGCUGCCAACUUGAGGAGACCUUUGGCGCCGGGUAUGGUGGGUCGUCCUGGGCCUGCUGGGCCCCCUGGGCAACCUGGUGCUGCUGGCUCUAUAGGACAUCCAGGCACCCGUGGGCCACCAGGCUACAGAGGUCUGCCAGGAGACCUGGGUGACCCUGGUCCCAGAGGUGACGUUGGUGAACCAGGAGACAAAGGACCGAUUGGCAAGGCAAUUGAAGGUCCCAGCGGAGACCAAGGCCAUCAAGGUCUGCCCGGAGUGCUUGGAAUUGUCAAACACGGGCGUGAUGGUGCCCCUGGAGACCCAGGUGAGCCUGGGGAAGCAGGCCGAGCGGGCAGCACUGGGCACCAGGGAUCACCUGGAAUCUGUGACACAUCAGCUUGCCAGGGAGCAUCGAUUGCUGGGAAGUCUUCCAAUCCCAAGAACCAUUAAAACCCAGCGCCCUUCCCUCAAUCCCUUCCAUGAGAGGAUGAAGAAGUCACAGAAUUUCUUUAAUAUAUUUAAAACCAAACAGGAACAACAAUGAAGAUGGAAAGCUGGAAAAGACCAAGGAAGUGACUUGACUGGGUAUUUAAGAACAGACAGAGAGGAAGGUAGGAAAUGGUAGAGACUUAAAGCCAUGACUCCAUCAACGAAGUGGACCAAAGUGAAAAUAUGUAAUUAAUAAACCAGAGCGCGUAAACACCAGCUUCGCUCCAAAUGCCAUCAAAAAUUAAAACAAUAACAUUACUGGAAAGGUGCUUGUAGACAUUUUUUAUGUGUGUAAGAAUGUACUUGUUUUUCCCAUGAUGCCCUGCUUCCCAUGUGACCCCUGCAGAAGCUCUUCGAACCACAACUGUGACUGUCAUUGCAGUAACUCUCUGACUGCAGUAUAGAGCUGCAUGUGUGAAGUGUCCUUUGUGCUUUGACCUGAUAAGUUUACCUCACAAGACAAGCUUACAGAAUAAAAGCUAUAACAGAAAGAGCUAAACCUCAGUGAAGAAGCGUUGUGUGCAACACGAAACUACAAAAAUGUGUUCAAUUACUUUGUAUAGUUCUGAAGUAUGAAAUAAGGAAAUUUUCCCAAAACAUGAUAGUUUUGUAUUUUUAAGUAACUUUUCAAGUGUUUUUCCCAUAUUCCUAAGGAACAAAAUGUUUUAUUUCUUCUUUUUAAUGACUUAAUUACCACAAAAAUCUCCCCGUCAGGUGUUUAAAGAAAUAAAAACAAUGUUUGUGGAUUUUA